AUGACCAGCGAGGAGGAUAUCGAGUGGUUCAAGUCGACUUUCCGUCCUAUUCCCAAGCCAGAGCUGCCGGACGACUCGGUCGAAUACUCCAUCUAUCAUCUACCGUCCCCCGCCCCUACCGUUAUCGAUGAAGCCGCCGAGACCCGAUCGCGGUUGCUGGAGGUGCAGCGCACGGCGGCUGAAUUGACCAAGGAGCUACUCAAGGACUACAUCUGGCAACGUGAAGGUUUCCACCUCGAGAUUACCAAGGAUGAUGGCAUUACCUCCUUACAAGGACGCACGAACUAUGGCGACUCGAUUGAGGAUGAGUGGGUGGUGGUAUAUAUUCUUCGCGAACUGACGAAGCGCCACAAAGACAUCUGGGUGAAAGUGGUGGACACCGAUGGCCAGUUCCUGCUCAUCGAAGCCGCGGGGAUGCUCCCGGAAUGGCUGGAGCCCGAGGUGGCGGAUAACCGGGUCUGGAUCCAUCAGGGAGAACUCAAGAUCAUUAAGCCCAAACAGGAUUCGAAGAGAAAGAUCACCGAAAAGCUGUCCCUCACGGAAGCGCGAAAAAUCAUACAGACUGAACCGGGUCGUUUCCUACGCUCAAAUAUGAUCCAGGAGGAGGCGUUUUACCGACUGCGCAAUUACCCUCAGCAGAUCGCUGAAAACCUUCACUCUGCCAUCGUGACGAUCCCGCGCAGGGUGGCCUUCCUUCUGCAUCAAAAACCGGCAUAUAUUUCACCCGCUGUAGAAGCGUUCUAUCUCCGCGACCCCAUAGCUCUGCGGCCUCUGCGGGCCAAGGCUUCUGAUCUCACCUUCGAGCCCAAUGACUUGAUCACUGCUAGCGUCCGCUUCACUCGGGUGGGAUAUGCGCAGCUGAAGAGUCAAGACUUUCCCGUCCCCAGCACAUGGCAGGGUAAACUGCCUCCGGCAGAGGAUGCAAAAGUAUACGAGCGCGCAGAAACGGGCAUGAAGCUUGCAUGUGGGUUUGAAAUGCUGCUCUACGACCCUAAGAACCAAGACAUUGCCGCUGUUCGAGAAAUGAAGCUCUUGUUGGAGGACUUGGAGACUGGCGAUGAGAAAAUGCCCACAGACGAUGAUAUUGCGACUUGGGAACAGCGAGAAGAUGACGAGAAAUGGAUGGACAUCAACUUUGAAGAUCUGGACCGAGAACUAAAAGGGCGAGGCAAGGACCAAGGGGAUACUUCGACUGGCGGCAAUUUUGGCGACGCCACCGCUCAAGAAAAUCUGCAACGGAUUGUGGCGCGCUUUGAAGAAUUUUUGAAUGACAACUCCGCUGGGUUUGAGGGUGCUGAUUUUAUCGAUGAUUUUGCAUCAGAUUCGGAUGUCGACGUCGAAGAUGAUGAAGAGCUCAGCGAUGAUGAAGAGGACAAGGACGCGUCCUUCAAUGAGGAAGAGUUUUCACGAAUGAUGAAGGAAAUGAUGGGAAUGCCCUCCGCGCCAGACUCGAUUCGCAGGCGAGUGGAAGAGCUUGACUCGGACAAGGAGGAAGACGACACAGAACAGAUCAAUGAGCUAUCUCGGCAGAUGGAAACCGAGUUGCGAGGCACGGGUGUUCUGAAUUUGAACAGACCCCAACAGAAGCUCUCGGAGAGCUCGUCCAAAGGCAAAGCAGCCGAGUCGUCCAACCAGGAAGAAGGGGAUGAAGAUGAAGACGUCAACAUCAAUCUUGCCCGGAACUUGUUGGAGGCUCUCCAGGGCGAAGGUGGUGCGGCUGGUCCGGCAGCGAAUAUGCUGUCGAUGAUGGGCUUGCCCAUUCCCAAAGACGACCGCCCUUCUAAAAAGUGA